CCGGCGGUGAGUGCUGCCACCUCCGGGGACGGGGGAGCGGGUGGGCCAGCCGGUCAGUCGGUCAUUCAGUCAGUUAGUCAGUCCGUCCGUCCGUCCGUCCGUCCCGCUACUGAGUGCUGAUAGCGACUGGGCUCCGGUAUCGGCAGUGAGGUUCGGGUGUGGAAGAGAUAUUCCCGUGAUCUCUUGAAGGUGUACGUGCUGAGCAAGAGGAAGAGGAAGAGCCCUGCAUCACGGCAGUCACGUGUGGAGCUGAGAGCAGGAGGAGCUGUGCUUUGACCUGCUGAGCAGGAUGGAUCAGAACUUAGACUCUUCACUUUCCAGAAUAUUUACUGGCUAUGAUGAUCCUGAGAAUACUGAAGUGUAUGAAGAUGAACUUUAUCUCGAGGAGUCAUCCAGUGAGCAGAGUGUUGAUAGUGAGGUGGAGUUUCAUCUCUAUAGCCAGAUCCACUAUUCCCAGGAUCUUGCAGAAGUCAGAACACGGGAAAUGGGUGAGGAAGCUGACGCUGGAGAAGUCGUGGGUCAAAGUUCCGGGCUAGCUGGGAAACAGGAUGAAGAUGAGAAUCUCGCUGAGCUCACUCAUGGUGGCACUCGGCUUUCAGAUGAGUCCGAGGUCAUUGUCCUGUCUGACACCCCAGAGGAAGACAGCAUCUACAAAAGCAAGGCAAAGAGGUCAAGGUGCUCCUCUUCAGCUCCAGGUAAAGCACACACCCGCCCGGCGUCCUCCACGCCAAAUCACGCCAAAGCUGCUGGAUGCAGUGCCUGGUGCCCCCCUGAGCCUGCGGUGGCCACACCAAGGAAGACGAGCAGCCCUAGUGGGAGGCCUGCCCCAGUCCUUCCUGCCGGACCCGACAGCCCCCAGGACGUGCUGGUGAUAGACAACAGCUCGGAGGAGGAGGAGGAGAGCCUGAUCUCUGGCGGCGAGGACAUCGAGAGCUGGAUGCUGCUGGGAGCUGGUGCCGAUGACACGGAUGGAGACAUCAUGCUGAACCUCGAGGGCUGUGCCAUGCCUGCCAGGAAAGGAGAAAUUGAUGUGAACUGGUCUAUCUCUCAUAAAGACUUAGAGGCACAGAUCUCCAACUACGCGGGCGUGAGGCACAGCAGCAUGCGGUACUACAGAGCGGACAAAAACGUCACUUGUAGGAACUGCCACAGACCAGGACAUUUGUCCAAGAACUGUCCCACUCCAAAGAAAGUUCCCCCGUGCUGUCUGUGUGCAGGAAGAGACCAUCUGCAGCACAGCUGCCCGGCACGUUUCUGCCUCAACUGCUGCUUGCCCGGGCACUAUUUCAGGGAAUGCCUGGAGAGAGCCUACUGGAACAAGCACUGCAACCGCUGCGACAUGAAGGGCCACUAUGCUGAUGCUUGCCCAGAAAUAUGGAGGCAGUAUCACCUAACAACCAAGCCAGGACCCAUCCAGGCGGCCGGCUCGCCCUCGCCCUCGCCCUCGGAGCGCGCGGUCUCCGUCUACUGCUACAACUGCUCCCGCCAGGGACACCUGGGAUACGAGUGCUCAGAGAAGAGGAUGCAGGGGAACAUGUUCCCCACUUCUCCCUUCGUCUACUACUACGAUGAUGAGUGCGACAUCAGGAGGAGAGCCAACAGGUUGAAAAGAAAGGUGGCAGACCUGCAGGAAGCUGGCCUCCUGCCCGAGCAGCCCGAAACGCCCCUGCAGGAGGAGCAGCUCGAGGUGCCCAGCCACAAGAAAAAGAGCAAACUCUGGAAAGAGCAGCAGGGCCCGCCCCGCAGGAGCAGCGAGCAGCACAAGAAGAUGAAGGUGAAGCGGGUGAAGAAGGCCCAGGAGGAGAGGCAGAGGAGGGCUGCUGGGAUCCACGCAGACCCUGAGGAUUUCCCUCGGGGGCACAAGCAGCAGGGCUGCAAGGGCAGCAGGGCCCAGCGCAGGGCCCUGCCCCAGGCACCCCCAGGCUGCAAGGCUCUCAGCGUGCACCAGCCCCCAGAAGGUGCCAAAAGGAAGAAGAAUUGGAAAAAGCAGAAAAUUGCCAGUCCCGACAGCAGGGACAAUCUGUUCCUUAUAAAACAGAGGAAGAAGAAGUCCAAGCAGAAAUCCUGGUGACGGCAGGUAGCACUGGCAUUCCUUGCUCUGGCUCUGCCUUCUCUUUACUCCUGUCCCUCUCCUAGCACAUGAACUGGAGUCCGUCCCUGUCCCGGCCUGCUGGGCACCACCACCCUCGCUGUCCCUCUCCACAGCCACGGGCACCUGUCCAUCUCUGUGGGCCACCCCUGGCAGCAGCACCCACAGCUCCUGCCAGGGCUUCUACCAUAUGCUGUACAUUCAUUUUCCUUGCUUGGGGCUGUGGGGGCACGCUGGGCUUGGCAGGGAUCGUUUGCUCAGCAGCGAGUUGUGGCUGUGCUGUUGGAGCACAGCGCCUCUGGGGCCAAUGCCAGGAGAUGUGGGCACGGCAGCAGGAGGGUGGGUGCAGAGCACAUCCCUCAGGCAGCAGGAGGGCCGGGGCAGUUCCCUCCCCGGGCAGGGACAGCCUGGGGUGCAGCAGUGCCCCGCUCCCUCUCCACAGCAGGGCCAUGCAGCCCGCACCCUCCGGGCUCAGCUUUGGGGAUCCACCCUGUGCUGGCCAGCUGGUCAGCAGAGCAGGAGUGAGCAGCUGGGCCUGGAGCACCGUUCACUUCUCCCACGCAGUCUGUCCUUGUUCCUUGUCAUGUGCUGGAGGAAAAAGGAGUGGAGCAUUAAGAACAUACUUGGUUCCAGUCACACUGUGCUAAAAUUAAAUUUUUUUUAAAGACAGUUAUUUUUGUACACUGGAAUUCAGCAUGUCGUUUUAAGGUUUGUAAGAGUAAAAUGCUUUAUCAAAGGACUAAUGCAAAUAAAA